CUUUCAAAAUGGCGGACAGACGACAGAACCUUAUCCUCUCUCUUAUUUUAGUGUUUCUUCGAAUAUCCUUGGAAAUGGUUGUUUGCCUGGAGUCUCGUGGAGACGAGCUAGUUUUCACCUUAGAGCACUGCCUUAAUGAAGGAACAAAUGCAGUUUUUAAACCAAGGGGAACCAUUCAUGUAAAGAGUCUAAAGAGUUCCGCUGGAAUAUUUUCAGAGCAUGAAGAACUCUCAGUUGAAGAUGUGGAUAACCUAAGGGAUUUAGCAUCCAGUAAUGGUUAUUAUAGAAUACGGUUAUGGCCCAAGUCUGCAGAAAGCAGUGAUGAUAUAGAUAGCAGUGUUACAACAUUUGUCAAAGCUUGUGCAUUGUUUACAUCAAGACUUACAGAGACUAUAACUUUGUCUCUGGACAAUGCAGGACAUUUGUAUGGGGUGGGAUUAAUUGUCCCUGAUGGUGGCUGUCAAGCAAAGACACUGAACUUGGAUGAAAUGAGCCUGCCAUAUAGCUUUAACACAUCUGUUGUAGUCAUGCUCCAAGGAACAGGACAACUUCCUGACACAGCAAAUUACAUUCAGAAAAUAGAGAAGGAAAAACGAGAUAAAGCAGCAGGACAGACACAGGACAACAAAUCUUUUCUGGCAAAAUAUUGGAUGUACAUAGUACCUGUUGUUGUGUUGAUGAUGCUUACCUCACAGCAACCAGAGCAACAAGGAGAGGGAAGCAGUCAAUAAACACUUGUGAAUGUGUUCUAACACUUACAAGUGCACUGAGCUUCAAUCUGCAACUGUUUCAGUUGCUAGGACCAGUUACGAAAAAAAAAAAAAAAAAUAACAGCUAUUUGUAAAUUUGUAUUUGCUAGGCACCAAUUUGGUGUCUUCUGUCAAGUGGUCAUGAAGGUGGAUAUAACAUUCUCCCGACAUGUUGUCUCUGCUUUUAAGUAAUAUAUGGUUGAUUCUCUGACCUUUCUUUCAAUGUUAACCAGGUUUUUUCUUUUGUGUGGUUAUUUAGCUUUAAGAUGUUACACAAACCCCCAGGUAAGAUUGUGAGUCAUAUUGCUCUUUCCAGAGACAAGCAGUAUAGUCAGUAGUGCAAUGUACCACAUAGGAUUAUGAAAAACCUCCUAUUUCAGUUUUUAAUCACUAUUUCUGGCAACAUGUUUUUUUGUUCAUUACCAGUAAGUGCAUGUAAUGAAGACAUAAAUGUUGAGGGUCGACACAAGCUAAUGACACAGAGUAAAAAUGACAACUUGUUUUUCCAUUUCAUUUGUGAAUAUUUCUUCUUUCUUUUUAUCACCAGUUAUCAACAAAUUAAGAGUGCUACAUGCUGGAAGCAAAAGCCAAUUUCAUGCAAUAAUCAAUUUUUUAAAUUCAUCAUAGUAGCACAGAUUCAUGCUUGCAUUCACACGUAUUAUAUUAGAUAUAAUCCACUUCUCUUUAACCCUCUAUCCCCACACUGAUUACUGUACAUUUCCUGUGGUAAUGACAAUGAGAAUUUGUUUGACAAUCAGGAGUGUCUUAAAUUAGUGAUCAUUUCCAUUAUUCUUGUGAACUUUAUAUUUGAUUUGAGGGUGAUACGGUACAGAGAAAUUAGAAGCCAGUCAUGCUUAGGGACAAAAGGGUUAACUACGACUUACAACGAUCAUAACCUUUAUUUGUUAAAAACAAUAAAAAUAACUGGUAAUGAUUUUGUGUUUUGUGACCAGUUGGUGUUACCUUAACACAGUUGUUACUAAAAAAUGCCCAUAAUUAUAACUUCUUUUGGUUUGGUGUAAAUGUUUUCUGAUGAUAAUAAAAUAUCCAUCGACAUUUA